UGGGUUUUGUCAACAUUUCAUUUGGAAUAAAAACAGAAUUGUGAAUAUACGGGAACUACUGUUGUCAGACCUGCUACCCCAUUGUGAAUAACGGAUUCGAACAUGAUUGUACGGAAACCACUGAAACGGAUUUAAUCCCGGAUUAUUAAUUGAAUUGAAUUCGAAUUUUUAAAAUGACUUCGGAUAAGCUAAAAGUUGCAGUGAGGAUUCGUCCACUGUCGAUGCGUGAAAUAACAAGUCGAUGUCGCAUUAUCCUCAAGUUAACCUCUGAAAGUGCUCUAUCCAUUACAAACACCGAGACUUCUGAUGAGAAGCUGUUCUCAUUCGAUCAUGUAUUUUGGUCAGUUGAUGGAUUCUCUACAAACAGCGAAGGAAUUUUGGUGCCGGAGAACCAAGAGGGAAGUCCAUACGCUGAUCAAACAAUGGUUUACACGGAUCUUGGUAAGGACAUCGUCCAGAACGCAUGGGAAGGCUACAACUCCACACUGUUUGCUUAUGGCCAGACAGGUAGCGGCAAAUCCUACAGUGUUCUUGGUAACGGACCAAACAUAGGAUUAAUACCACGGACAUACGAACAGCUCUUCAAUGAGAUAUCCUCUAACAAUGAAGUUAAAAAGAAAUUACAAGUGACAUUUACAAUGGUGGAGAUCUACAACGAAGUGAUGAAGGACCUCCUAGUACCAAGCAAAACGCAGUCAGCCAAAGGCCUAAGACUCAGACAAGAUCCAAACAAAGGUUUUUACAUUGAAGGACUAAAGCGUAUACCAGUUCAAACGUAUGGUGACGUAAAACUUUUCCUAAAGCAAGGGGUGUUACAUAGAACCACUGGUACGACCAAUCUGAACGCAACUAGUAGCAGGUCCCACCUGAUAGUAACUGUAAAUUUUAAACAGAUAUUUCCAAACAGUAGGGGUGAAAGUACUACGAAAACGAGUACUGUUAAUUUUGUGGACCUUGCUGGGAGUGAACGUCAAUCAAAAACUGGAGCUUUGGGUGAUAGGUUGAAAGAAGGAGCGUCUAUUAAUCAGAGUUUACUUUCGUUAGGAAAUGUUAUCAGUGCCCUGGCGGAGCAAGCUCAAGGCAACAAGAAAAUAGUCAUCCCAUACCGAGAAUCUGUUCUGACAAAGUUACUUCAAUCAGCCCUCGGUGGCAACAGUAGAACAGUCAUGUUGGCUACUUUGAGUCCAUCAGAAAAUAGCUAUGAGGAGACUUUAUCUACGUUGAGAUAUGCAAAUAGGGCGAAAAGAAUACAGACCCAGGCUGUUGUAAACGAAAAUAUAACGGAUAAACUGAUUCGUGAGUUAAAGGAGGAAAAUGCUAGACUGCUGGGCCAGCUGCAGAAACAAAGAAGAGCAUCGGUUGUGAUAGAUUAUCAGAUGAGUGUAGAAGAAAACGAAAACAGGAUGAGAGAAAUGAAGACGUCGUGGGAGCAACAGCUGGCAAAGGCAAGGGAGGCAUGGAAGCAGAAUAUUGAAGGAGAAAAAGAAACAGUGCUAGAUACAAAUCCUUACAUCCAAAAUGUAAAUGAGGACUCUCAGCUCUCUGGUGUUAUAAAAUAUGCAUUCUUAAACGACGAAACUGUUAUGGGGAAAGAGACGGGACAAGACCUGGAGAACUUCAUCGAACUCAGGGGACUCGGGAUUCAAGAUCGCCAUUGUUUAGUGCGGAAAGAGGCAGGUCUUGUGUCCAUCAAACCCCUUUCUCAUGAUGCAAAGCUUGUUAUCAAUGGCAUUAAUAUCUCUGAAACUACAACAUUAAAUCAUAUGGACAGACUAAAGCUUGGUUCCAAUGCGCUGUUUCUAUAUAUUGGCUAUCCAGGGGAGAGGAUCCAAGAUGACCAGAUCACAAGAUACGAUUUUAACUUCUUUCAAAUGGAAAUGGCACAAGGAUCAGAGCUGGGUGGAAGCAUACUGACCUCAAGCCGACGGCUGUCUAUUCAGGACCCUGCUACGUUGAAAGUAUUUCAAGAAUAUAUCGACAUACAGCCAAAGAUCCACGAGGCUAAUGCCCUUAGUGAAGAAAUGAAGAAGAAUGUGAAAUUCGAAGCAGGACUAAAAAACAUGAGCUCGCACGAUUCUAAAGGAUCCAACCCAGAAAAGGAAGUCAUUGUUGGAGUAUCUAAUUCUCUAACAAAGAAGGUGUGGGUUUGGAUGAAACAUAAAUUCCUGAACAGGAAAUUUUUGAUGGAUGAGCUGUAUAAUAAAUGGCUGGACUGUGACCUUCUUGACCCCGCUAUACAGGAAAAUGACCCAUUCUGGGACCCGGUAGAGGACGUUUUCUUGGGAAGUUGUCACAUCUGGCUACAGAGUUUGGGAUACUGCAUAGACCUUGACGAGAAACAAAAUAUGCUGGGAUACACCGGUCUACAACAAGGCGUCGCCCAUGUUCGGAUUAUUCCGUGUCGUCCCGAUGGAACGAUAUUGAAAGAAGAUGACAUCGUAAUACUUGAACCAAAUGAGCUGGUGGGUAAGAGAGUGGAUUUCAUGAUAUUCAUAGAUCGGGUUGAUGAUGUGGAGUGGAUAAAGGAGGAAACUAGCAGAGGAGUGUAUUGCGGUUUCACAUUUUUCAAACAAACCAAAGUAAAAACGACUGUUGCCUGGAAUGAAACGCCUGCAAAGCUUUCCUUUGAACACCAUGUGACAAUACAAAGUGUUACUCCCGAAUUCUUGGACUAUAUAGAAAACGAAGCUUUGGUAAUAGAACUAUGGGGAACACAGGAAGCUGAAAAUCCUACGACACAGCCUGUAAUUCAUACUACUACACCUGAUCCAAAGGACACGUCCCAUCUUAGUGUUAAAGGUGGCAUUGAGGAUCAGAUAGUCUCCGAGCAAACUGAGUCUGUACGUGAUACCGAAGCUGAUGAAACAAAGUUGAAUGGCCCCUCGACACUGGCCUCUUGCUCAACAGUUCAAACUCCUGAGAUGGUUGCCGGAGAAGCGUCUGCCUCCUCUCUGCCCAGUGAGGAGGCAGUAAUUACAAACUCGACUAAAGAGAAGGAAAGGGAUCGAGAGCUCAGUGAAUCAAUCAAAACAUUUUUGAGAAAUAUGAAACAAAUUCAAAAGAAGAUAGCGUCUGCUAAGCAUCAUGUGCAUACAUUAGGUGGCAAUGAAGAGCUGGACAAAUACAAAGAUGAACAAAUGAAUCUGCUUGACGAUAUACAAGAUUCUCUCAAUGAACAUGUGUCGGUGCUAAAAGGCACCUUUAAAAAGAAACCUAGACAUUCGAAAGAGAGGAAAAAGGCGAGUACAUUCCUGCAAGCACCUCCAGAAAUGCAAUAGCAAUAGGCAUGAUAGAGGGGUUUGUGUUAUUAAUGAACAUUGAGUGAUCCGUGUCGAGGAGAAUAGACUAACAACUCUGAUGAGAAAGCUCAGUAUACAGUAUACAUCUAGUUAUAUGUAUGUAUAUAUAUUUAUUAAAG